GUUUUUGUGCCAUCACGUGCUUUUGAAGGCUCUGCCCCUUAGCGGAAGUACAAAGUGCAUCAGACCGGAAGUCCCGAGUGAGGAGCGGCCCUGAGCUGAACAUUUUCAGGCACUGAUACACUUCCUGCUCUGGUUUCCUCCAGGCUUUGUCCCAAAACAUCCAUCAGAGCCAGCUGAAUAUCCUGCAGUCAUGUCGCACGGAAGGACAGAGCAGCGCACCCCACCAAAGGACUUCGGCAGUCUGAUACAGACAUGCAGCUCCAACAUUCAAAAGAUCACACAGAACACGGCACAAAUCAAGAACUUGGUAAACCAACUGGGAACAAAACAAGACACCAGUGACCUGCGGGAGAGACUUCAGCAGGUGCAGCACUACACAAACCAGCUGGCCAAGGAGACCAACAAACACCUAAAAGACCUCGGCUCGCUCUCUCUACCCGUCUCCCCGUCUGAACAGAGACAGCAGAAAAUCCAGAGGGAGCGGCUGAUGAAUGAUUUCUCCGCCGCUCUCAACAACUUCCAGGCAGUGCAGCGUCGAGCAGCGGAGAAGGAGAAGGAGUCAGUGGCCAGAGCCCGGCGGGGCAAACUCAUUUCAGCUGAAGAUGGAGGCCAUGAAGAGCAGCUGGUCUCCUUUGAUAAUAAUGAUGACUGGGGGAAGACCAUCACUCAGACAGAAGACGUGGCCAUAACAGAGGAGGAUCUGGAGCUCAUUAAAGAAAGAGAAACUGCCAUUCGACAGCUUGAGUCGGACAUUUUGGAUGUGAAUCAGAUUUUCAAGGAUCUUGCAGUGAUGAUCCAUGAUCAGGGUGAAAUGAUAGAUAGCAUAGAGGCUAAUGUGGAGAGUGCAGAAGUGCAUGUGGAGAGAGGAGCUGAGCAACUCCAGAGAGCAGCUCACUAUCAGCAAAAGUCUCGUAAGAAGAUGUGCAUCCUGGCAGUGGUCCUUGUCAUAGUGGUCGGCAUCAUCGCCAUUAUCAUCUGGCAGUCGACAAAGUGAAGAUCCUUCCUCUACCCUUCCCCUUUUUCUCUCAUUUCUUUAUUUAAUUUAUUUUCUCACUCGCAAACCCAGUGCCAUCCACGCGGGAAGGGAGGUCAGAGGCUCUCGGCAACACCUGUAGGUCCGUCUCUGUAGUUUUUGCAGGGUUAGAUACAGUAUGAAGUGGCUUAAGCGAAUGUAACAUUCCCUAGCCUCUCCUCUCUAGAACUUUAGUUCAUAAUGAAGAAGGAUGUGCUCACGGAUGGGGUGGGAAAAAAAGUUAUAAAAGAUUUCACUCUGAUUCUUGUGAUACAUUUCUAGCACUAACACUACUUUACAUUUCCUAAUAAAUCCAGGUUAGUUCAAUAUGAGAUAAAGUGUAAAAAUGACAUUUCUAUGACUGAAGUUUUUUUUUUACAUCUUACUGUAAUAUAAUUUUGGUCUUGUAAAAUGUACAUUUCAACUCAAAGUUUUCAAGUCACUCCAAAGGUUAACAACAACUGCUUAGAUGAGCUGCAAAAUUAAUCGUACAUUUGACCCCACGUUGUUGAUACCGUAAACCAGUAGACUAGUAGAACUGCAAAUAUGACGCAGCAAUGAUACCUAAAGCUGAAACAUUUCUGAACUUCAGUUACUAGUGUUAACUGAUUAUUAUAAAGGUCUAUUAUAUGGUGGUCAUAUAGCUGUAAAUGUGUUGUAUAAGAACUCGUAAUCAAUAUUAUGGCUGAAAUGGAUUUGUAUAUUACAAUAUUAAAAGUCUGCACAGUACAUUAAAAUUAUGUAAAAAGAAUUGCACCCGUACUUUUAGAACAUGCAAAAAUGAUUGUCUUUUCUUUUUUAAAACUUGAUUUAUAUGACUUCUAUGAGUAAAGAAACGUGUCUUAAUCAA